ACCAAAAUGGCUGACAAGUGUCUUGAAGUUGUUUUUCGUUUGCCAUUCCUAAUUUCACUAGAAUGGCUCCUGCUAGACACCACCACAAUAYUUUUCGAUUCUUGGAAUUAUUUUAAUUGCAUUCAGAUACUUGGAGUGAUAGCAAUGGUAGGCUUGUUCCUUACAAGCCGAGAUCAGCUCUUCACAUUCUACAACUAUAUUUUGCUAUGUUUGGACUUGUCAGCAGUUUUAUACCUAAAUGUAUAUAACUCAGUGGAUUUCUACAGUACGAUAGAAGAGAGAGGCUUUAAAGGUCUUCAUUUUGAAGAUAUUUUCCCCUUGCUACCAAUCAUUAUAUGUGCAUGGAUUUUCUACUUAAUAUCAGUUAUUUUGUACUCAAGAACUCUACAUUCCUUGAAGCCGAUUAUUUUCUCUCUCUCAAGCAUUCCUGUCAUCACACGUUUCUUAUAUCCUCCAAGCUGGAAGGAGUACCCAUCAAUGUGGCUGUGUGGAUGCUUUGCUGUCUCAGUAUUUCUAGUGAUAGAAGGCAUUUAUAAUUUGUUUUGUAGGAUUGUAUAUGAAAUCAUAGACUGUGUAAGAAUCAUGCAGUGGAUGUAUAGAAUGUAUGGAUUUACUAUUUUGAUUAUGUUUCACUGGCAAAGGCUGGAAGUCCCAACUUGUCUCAUCACAUUGUUUGCCUGCCUAUUUACGUACAAUACUCUGGUGAUUGUGGUAUUUUCAUACGAGGCAUGUAGUUUGUACCAGGUGUUUCAUUUUGGCAUUGCACAGACUUGUAAUUCAACUUUAACCAUGUUGGCAUGCUGUUUUAUCAUCCAAAAAACAUGUGGACUGUUAUUACUCUCAAUCAAACUAAGUUUCCAUGGUGAAUAUGCUUUACAAAAUGAGGAAGCUGUUGGGUCACCCAAUGGGAUGAGAGAGGGCUUUGGAUUCUUUUUCCUGUGUCUUUAUACUGGACUUUCUUCAUGCUCGCCAAGCCGCAAACUAGCACUGCUUCAGGUUAUUUUCUAUCUCAUUGUGUCUGCGAUGGUAAGAUCAAUGUUUGAAGUUGUAGAACCGAAUUUGAUUGCACUGCCAUCACGAAACAAUGCUAGCUUCAAGAAACACAUAUACCCUUUAGUAUUCUGUGUGUCACUUCUUAGUCUCUCAAUCUACUUGGCUAUAAGUGUGUACGGAUUGAAGGAGAGAAUACCAUUCAUCACUCCGAACAUCAUUACCAUUGCCCAGAUACUAGCAGCACUCACACUGUACACCUUAUACAGAUAUGAAGCACAGCAGACUGAAUUAUGGGAAGAAUUGGAUGACUACGUUUACUACGUAAAUGGUGGCUGUCGCCUUUUUGAAUUUGUUGUCAUUUCAGCAGUACUUUGUUAUAGAGUCUGUGAUUUUAGUCUUGAAUGGACUGUAUUUCAAGUUAUCAUGGCAAUACUACAUAUUUAUUUCAACAUCUGGACACCAGCCAAAGAAGGAUGGCAAAGCCUAAAGAUGCGACACCAAGUCAAGCAGAAGUUGAAUUCUCUUCCUAUGGCAACACAAGAGGAGAUUGAAGUCCUUCAAGAUGUUUGUGCAAUAUGCCUAGAUGAACUAAAGGCAGCUAAAGUCACUCCUUGCAAGCAUUACUUUCAUAGUUUGUGCCUAAGAAAGUGGCUAAAUAUCCAGAGCAAAUGCCCAAUGUGYCAUUCUAGUAUCAUACCACUGUAAGAUGAACUCUCUUAGUAAUGUAGGUAUUUAUUUAAGUAUCAUUCAUUUUUUUACCCGUGUGGGCAGGGACACCAUGACAGCAUAGCAAAUUACUGUAGGCCCUUUAGUGUUAACAGGGCUUUGAAGAUGGUCCUCAUCAGUGCCUUCAGUGGCUCUUUUAAGUCCACCUUACAAAGAGUUGUUUAGUUGGAAGACAGACCGGGCCUAAGGUUUUAAGUCCUUGUCUGAGAAGACUUGAAUGUCUAACCAUUUGUAGAUAUAAUUACAAAGGCAGCACCUUCUCAGUUAUUUUAAGACCCUGAGUGUUGGUCAGGUUGAGGCUUGAACCACCUUCUUCCAACCCUGUUAACCGAGUGGAAUAGAACCCUUUAGUUACCACAUGGAUUUCCAUUUCAGACCAUGUAUUAUUCUUAAAAACCUUUGAACUUUAAAGUUCAAUAAUAAUUUUGCUCAUAUCAAAAAAAUUCCUGUUUUGAAGAAUAAAACAUGGCCUUAAAUGGGAGAACAUUACAUCUAAAUUCAAUGAAAGAGGUUUAUUAUCAAUGAAAGUACUGCUGUGUGUUAUGUAUGACAUAUAACAAAGCCAGUGCAGACUCGUACCCAGUUGCUUCUUGUCUUAUUGAUCAUGCUGUGGUUGAUGGAAAGGAUUUAGUGAGUUCGCGGUGCAUCAAGAGAAGGAAGGAAGAGAAAAGCGAAGCCAUCGCACAUUAAAAAAGUGUGAGUGACAACUGGGUACGCGUCUGAAGCGAGUGCAAGUUGUUAUAAAUAAGAUGGAGCUUAUCUCUGAAAUGGUACAUUUCAGUUCUUAGACAUGGACCAACCCGGCCCAAACCACUUCUAGUAAUUGAAGCAUACCAUUUAGAACUGGUUGCUUGGACCGAUCGGUUCAACAUAAUUGAAAGUGCCCUUAGACUCUGAUCUCCUCUUUUAGGUGUAAUCUUUUAGGUCUGAUAGAGCUCAGUCAUGUAACUAUUCAUUGUACUUGAUAAGAUGAGAAAUAAAAUUCCAUUCAUUCUUAAAA